AUGACAGCAGCCAAGACCAAGAGGCGCACGCCCGAUGGAACCGCCGGACGGAGGCCUCGGAAAAGGGCACGCGAUCUCCCUAGUCCCAGCCACGGCGAUCUCAUCAGCGACCUUCCCGAUGCCAUCCUAGGGAGCAUCAUCUCCCUCCUCCCAACCAAGGACGGCGCCCGCACGCAAGCUAUCUCCCGGAGAUGGUGUCCGCUCUGGCGAUCCGCGCCUCUCAACCUGGACGCCCACGACAUCUGCCUCAACAAGUUCAAGCUCUCCUCCAUCGUCUCCAGUAUCCUCCGUGAUCACCCAGGCCCGGCCCGCCGCUUCUCGUUCAACCACAUUCGCCUGCACAAACCGAAGAAAAAGUUGGCUGAGGACGCUGCCCAGAUCGAGAGCUGGUUCUUCUCCUCAUGCCUCCGCAACCUUCAGGAACUUGACAUCAGCUUCGAGUUCUGGGGUGGUUUACAUGCGUCAGUGGACCACUACCAGCUGCCAUUACCAUCCAUGAUCCGCUUGGCGCCGACUCUUCUCGUGGCCCGGAUCGGCAUGUGCAAACUCCCAAGUGACAUUGCAGCGCCUUCUCUGAAUUUCCCCCUCCUCCGGAAACUCACUCUGUGGCUUGUUUCAAUCUCGGAGGAAGCCAUGGACGUGUUGCUCUCUGCCUGCCAUGUUUUGGAGGCGCUGUUUCUGCAGGACAUUCAUGAUGUGGGUUGCCUCCACAUUAGCUCGCCAACUCUUAGGAUCAUAAGCUUCAGCGCUACCCUCCUUGGCAGAGAAGAAUUGGUCGUUGACGACGUACCUCGCCUUGAAAGGCUUCUUUGCCAAGGUGUAGACGGUGAGACUAUUCAAGUAAACAAGGCGCCUAAACUGAAGGUAUUGGGGCCUUUGUCACCACACGUCUCCAAAAUCAAGAUUGCAAACCUAGUCUUCCAGGGAAGGAUCCGGCCCAGCUUAGGCCAUUCGAUAUGCACCAUGAACAUUUUGGCUCUCAAGUUUUCUGGUCCUGAUUUGAACGCGGUUCUCGGUGUUCUCAACUGCUUCCCCUGCUUGGAAAAGCUCUAUGUCAUUUGGGACAAAUAUUUGAAGGCAAAGAUGAAAAACUUGUAUCAGUAUGACCCACUAAAUCCAGUCAAAUUCCUUGAGAGCCAUCUCAAAGUACUCGUGUUGAAGAAUUACACAGGUGGCGAGGAAGAAGUUGGAUUUGCCAAGUUUUUUGUUUUGAAUGCGAGGGUGGUGAAGGAAAUCAACUUUGCAGUGUGUGACACGAUUGCCAUCGACAAGAAUUGGAUGACUGAUCAACUCAGGCUGCUACAAGUGGAAGCUAGAGCUUCCCCGGACGCUCGGCUGAAAUUCAGAAGAGGUUACUCUCGCUGGCAGACCAAUUAUGUCAACUCAAGUGACUUGUCAAUUGCCGACCCUUUCAGCUGA